CAUAGGACGAACGCUUUCCUUGGUAGCCUUCCGGGGCCAUUCGACAGGCCAACACCAACCCAUCUGGCCGAUCAGUCUCGGCAACGGCUGGUCCCUAUCUCGCCCUGACAGAUGCCCGGCAAAUUGCUAUGGCUACCAUCAAGGCCAUCGAGGCCCAGACAAUCCACCAAAUACAGUCUGGGCAGGUCAUUGUAGACCUGUGCUCCGUCGUUAAGGAGCUGGUCGAAAACAGCCUCGACGCCGGCGCUACAAGUAUUGACGUGCGCUUCAAAAACCAAGGCCUCGAUGCUAUCGAGGUUCAGGAUAAUGGCUCAGGCAUUUCCCCAAACAACUACGAGACGUUGGCUCUCAAGCAUUAUACAUCCAAGCUUGCUACAUACUCGGACCUGACAACUCUAGAAACCUUUGGCUUUCGUGGCGAGGCUCUCUCGUCCCUCUGUGCCUUGUCCACCUUUACUGUCACAACCUGCCUUGCUGCAGACGUGCCGAAAGGCUCAAAACUCGAGUUCGAGACGUCCGGCAAGUUGCGAAGCACGACCGUGGUCGCAUCACAGAAAGGCACUACCAUAUCAGUAGAGAAUCUGUUCAAGAACCUCCCCGUUCGCCGGAGAGAGCUCGAGCGCAACAUCAAAAGGGAGUGGAACCGAGUCAUAACCGUCCUCAACCAGUACGCGUGCAUACAGACGGGCGUCAAAUUUUCUGUCUCCCAGCAGCCAACCAAGGGCAAGCGCAUUACCUUGUUCUCGACCAAGGGUAAUAAGACCACCCGCGAGAACAUUGUCAAUGUUUUCGGAGCCAAGACUCUGACUGUCCUCAUCGCGCUUGAUCUCAAGCUGGAGCUGGAGCCCACCAAGGCACCUCUCCACCUUCGAACAGCCGGUGCCUCAACCACGGAUACCACCGAGAUACACGUGCGCGGCCAUGUCUCUCGCCCAGCACACGGAGAGGGUCGCCAAACCCCAGACCGCCAGAUGUUUUUUGUAAAUGGUCGUCCUUGUGGGCUACCACAGUUUGCAAAAGUAUUCAACGAGGUUUACAAGUCUUAUAAUGCAUCUCAGUCACCUUUUAUAUUUGCGGACAUUCAGCUAGACACACAUCUGUAUGAUGUCAACGUGAGCCCGGACAAGAGGACCAUCCUACUGCAUGAUCAGCCCCGAAUGCUGGAUAACCUUAGAGAGGCUCUGAUUGAGCUCUUCGAGGCGCAAGACUAUGCAGUGCCUUCCUCGACUCUGCUGUUAAGCAAGCAAAUGCCGUACAAGAAGCCGCCCAUGACUCGGGAAAGCAUACUAUCAUCAUUCAGGAAUGACCAGAGUCAGGUCGAGACUGGUCAACCCGGCGGGUCUGGUGCCGAAGACCCUGCUUCGGUAGACGACGAAGAGGAACAGGGAACGACCGAGCCAGAUGGCGAAAUCGACACAAACAUGCAGACACAAGCGAACCGGGCAAUAUCGAUCAGCCAGUGGGCGCGGGACACGGCGGAAACAGCUCCUCAUAUCACCCUCGAAAAUGAGCAGGAGCCGUCAGCAAAAUUACUAGGCAAGAGCCAGGGAAUUGAGGCUAGGCGAACGCAGACCUCCGACGACGACAUUGGUAAACAUCCUCCAAGUCUCGAGCCAGAUUCAGAUCCCCCUGAUGACGGCACAGAGAAUUCAGAAAGUCCAACAGGCGCCUUGAUGCAAAAGCGGCGUGAGUCACCAAUACCGGCCGUCGCACCACCUGUACACACAGCCGGAUCCAGUGCAUCCCAACUCUUUGCACCAGCGAGGUCUAAACGUCCUGCUCCCGAGCUUGCCACAAUAACCAUUGGCGAUAGUACCGUCACCAGCAUGCUCGGGGCGCCGUCCAAGAGAACAAAGACGACGCCAACAAGCAGCUCAAUGCCAACACGUUCAAAAGGAAAAGCAAACAUGCCUUCGUUCCAAGGACGACUUACACAGAUGUUUGCAGCCUCGACUCAGAAGGCUCAGGACAUAGAUGAAUCGUCAGAGGCGCCGAUGUCAGGCCAAGAUGACGAUGUAUCCGAUACUGAGAGCGAGCAGCUUUUCGUGAAGGACGAUGACGAUGAGAUCAUGUCUAACAGCGAGCAUGACGCGGACAAGGAAGCAUCUGCUGACGAGGCAAUGAUGAACGAAGCCCGUAUGCUAGCCAGUUCUGCUAUUGAUAGAGGUGCAAGCCAGGCUAGUAGUUCGGAGGCCCUGGCGGGAGAGCAGUCCGAAGGGAGCGAUGAAUCUGAUCGGGGCAGUCAUAACGAAGAAACAGCCAAAAUUCAAGGGAGCGACUACGAAGACGAAGACGAAGACUUACAAGAACAAGAACCUGAGGAGCAAGCAGAGACAAAGUCGUCAGAGGAGGCACAGAAGCGCACGCAGACGUUCAUGAAGGGUCCCAUCCGGAAACAUGCCACUCAAAAUCUGCAGCAGACGUUGCGAGUCAAUGAGAAUGCCAUAAAGAGCAUGAUGGGGUUUUCUGCAGCUUCAAUAUCGAAAUCUUCCUCAUUGUCUACUAGCAAGGAAGACCUGCCUGCUGCAGACAGGCUAGAUGCCGAGGACGCGGAGACAAAGCUGUCCUUAACGAUAUCAAAGACCGACUUGCUGAGCAUGAAGAUCAUCGGACAAUUCAAUCUCGGUUUCAUCAUCGCCGUCCGUGAGGCUAAGAGCCGGGUGAAGACGGACACUAGCAUGGGCGACAGAGAUGACGAGCUCUUCAUAAUCGACCAGCAUGCCACUGACGAAAAGUACAAUUUCGAGCGGCUGCAGGCCAGCACAGUAGUCCAGUCCCAGCGUCUCGUGCAGCCAAAGCAGCUCGACCUGACGGCCCUUGAGGAGGAGGUCAUCAAGGAGAACAUUCCCGCGCUCGAGGCCAACGGAUUUCAGGUCGAGAUUGAUGAGAGCGGGUUCCACCCGGUCGGACAACGUGUGCGGCUGCUCUCUCUGCCUCUGAGCAGGGAGACCACUUUUGACCUGGCAGAUCUCGAGGAAUUGGUGUCCUUGCUGACAGACCAUCACGAGAUUUCUGCGUCCGCGGUCGUUACGCCUGCCCGCACCACCACCACCAACACUAGCGCUACGACCUCAUCUCUGUUAUCCCAGCUCGGAAGCGGCGCGAUGCCGACAACGAUCCCCCGCCCCUCCAAAGUCCGUAAGAUGUUCGCCAUGCGCGCUUGUCGGAGCAGCGUGAUGAUUGGCAAGGCCCUGACGACGAAGCAGAUGGAGAAGCUCGUGCGGCACAUGGGCGAGCUGGAUAAGCCGUGGAACUGCCCUCACGGGCGGCCCACGAUGAGGCAUCUCUGCCGGCUCGGGGCGGGGUGGGACAAGAUGGGCUGGACUGAGGGGCGGGACGUGCACAACCACGCCGAUGGAGACGACGGGUAUCUCGAUACUGACGGUGGUGCUGAUAAUGGAAGAAGAGGCGGGAGAGGAGAAGCACGGGGAAAGGCUAGGAGUAAAAAGACGACGACAGAUUGGGCUGCAUACCUGCGAGCUUGAAACACCGCAAUAUAUAAAUGGCACGCAUACACACACACACAUAUAUAUACAUCACGUCAAGCUCGACUGGCGGUAUAAUCAGAUGCACCAGAGCAAGCCCGUGCUUGACGAAAGGGAGAGAGGUUAUACAACUGGGUAUAUACACAUGGUCGAAAUAUCCAGUGCUGCGUGUGAUCUGUUGAAGUCGUGCAGGGACGGGGGACCAUGCUUCGACUCGUUCACGAUCUCAAUUAUUUUUUUACAGGUCAGCAGCGAGGGCAAGAUACGUCGGUCGUCACUAGUGUUGUAUGGGUUAGAAGCACUGGAGAAUGGCACUGUCACUGUUUUUUUGUUUUUUUUGGCAGCGUGAGAAAAGAUCGCCAUGAGCGUCGAUUGAUAUAUUCCUGAGUAAUGGGGGCAGGAUACAUUUUGCAUUGUGGAAUUGGUGCAUUCAGAGACGGUGGCAGUGGACAUUGUGCGGAGUCUGGUAUCGGGGACUCGUUAAAUUUCUC